AUGGACAAGAAGAGCGUAAGGACGGCCGCAGAAGGACAGGUGCUCUUCUCGUCCAUCGCCUGCCGCGGUUGCCGAUGGCCGUUCACCUCAAUCCUGCGCACGCGACCUUGGUCCUGCGGCUGCCGCUCUGGGGCGAGGGGGCGGGCAGCGGCGUGCGCCCAAGCUGAUCGCUCUUCCCCCAUCGCCGCCGGGCGCCCUCGCACUCGCGGCGCUCUUUUCGCGCGAAGACAAGUGCACGGAAGGGGGCACGGCGAGGCGGUCUCGGAGGAGCAGCCACCGAAAGGGAAAGGAGAAGCCGCUUUGUUCAGACCGCACGAGAACCGCACGAUGCCGGGGAAGAGCAACACGGGAGGCUCCAAGGACAACGACCGAUGGAAGGUGAAGGCGAUUCCGUUUCCCCCGUCGGCGGAGAGGAGGGACACAGGCUUCCGGGAAUACCACCCCGGCGUGCUGCAUCCUCGCUCGGGAGGCAGCAGUCCGACCUCGCCGCAGCCAAGCCAAGGCGGAUGGAAAUACUCAUGAAGUUGGAACCGAGCCUGCAGAAAGCUGGGGCCAUCUCUACGGGAAUUAGCGUUCUUCAAGCGCAGUGGACAGUCACCGUGUGCUAUACUCAUCGCCGUGUUGUGUGCUGUAUAUAAUGUUGAGAGGGCGCUCUUUCAACGCCUGCUUUUUAUGUCUGCAUUCACAGGGUCGGCGCGGUUCUUAUGUAAAGGAUGUGUACUAUAAAGGAUAGCGUUUCUUGCUUUUAAGCCCAUGUUACUAUCUCCAAAAGUUAAUUAUGUGUUCGCGGAUGUAGGUGCAAACCAUGCUCGUGGUCUUUGUUCUCGCCGCCGUCUUCUCUAUAUAUGCAUGAUGGCCGCACUGUUUUUUCCUGCCAAAACCGUCGUUCUUUUUAAACAGGGGGGUGCCGCUAUAGUUCUCCUAAGACCAGCUUUUCAUGUUUCGCUGAUGUUACUCAAAAUUACAUAAUGGCACUGUCCUCUCCACUGCCUUGAGCUGAGUUGCCGAGAUGGACGUUUUCUUUUUCUUUCUUCCUCGCUUGCGUUCCAAUUUUCUUUGUUGCGUAACAACACUCCACAGAUGUGCAACUUAGCCCUUCUAGUAAUUCAUUAUAUGCACGAAUGUAAAGUUUUUCUCAGAGGCGAUUGUAUGAAUCGACCGCCGAGUUUCAUCUGUUCUCUAGCCUUUUGCGUUUACCUUGUACAUGAGUAUUAUUUUGGAGAAGUGCUGUAAAUAAGCUUUUAAAAGAACAUUCAGGGUUUCCCACGUAGACGUCCAAGCAUUAAAAUAAAAGUUGUGCGUUAGUCAAACCAACGCAGUGGAUUGUACGGUCUUGCGCGUAAGCACACAAUUUUUGAGCCAUUAUUACACAUAUUUUUCUUAUCCGCUUGCGCGACUAAAGUAGUAUGCAAGAGCGACCGUAUAUAUAGUGAGAUUCUGAGUUAUUCUGAACUCUUGAUAUUUCUUUAAUUAUCGCUUACGUGUAGAACUUAAAAAAAACUAUAAUUUCAACCAAACUUCCGAACAUUUAUUUAGGCUAAUGACAUAAUCGAUAAACAGCGGAAACUAUUUCAUAUAUCUUCUUUUUCACGCACCCGCAGUGAAUUACAUCUAUCUCGUUCUAUUUCUUUUAAUAUGCUUUUGAUCGACUUGAACGAGACACACUGCAUUUUUGUGAGUGUUAUCUCCACUGCUGGAUUAAGAGAAUUCGCAAUGGAGAGAGCCAAGGGGGCUGCAUCCCAAGUCUCACCUCUGACUGAAGCGAAAGAGAGACCAUUCCACUUAUCUUGAAUCGGUUUUUUUUUGUUUUUUUAAGAGAACUGCGUGCACAAUUGACAAACGGAAUGAGCAUGGUUAUGAUUAGCUCAGAACAGGAAUUACCGAAAGUAUCUUUCUUUAAUUAAAAGAAAAAUGAAUGAAGAACAACUUUUUCCCUGGCUUUCUAUAUACGAUAUACGCAUACAGAGUGUCCCAACUAUCAUGCACCAAGAUUUAAAAAUAUACGAAUGCCACGUAGCUGGACAAAACCAAGGUAAAGUUGUUUGCCGUCGCUUGGAGAUACUCAGAUUAUUUAUUUUUUUCUUACAUUCCGCCUAAUUACAUAAUCAGUCUCAAUUAAAUAAUCAACUUCUCAAAUAAUAAUAUUUGAUUAGAAGUGUCGACGAGAAAAUUGUAGAGCAACAUGAAAAACUCCAGAUACAGCUUUCUGUUGCUCAAUACGUGCUUCAUAAAAGCGUUUUUCCGAGCGUGAAAGAAGCCCGCGAAUACACGCAAAAUUGCCGCGCGACUGGCCGCUCGAGGCACUUCGCGAGGCACCUCCUAAGAACGAAAAGCUUUAUGAAUUUGGCCCCUGAUGCCCAGUCGACAAAACUCUGCACUUUCCUGCUUUUGAGAGCUAUUGCGAAGAAAUAAGAGUUAGGAAGCAUAGAAACUUCCAACACGUUCUAGUGCCGCUGAAAGAUACAAACCUUUAGCUUGCCUUUGUUCCCCCUUUUUUGCCGAUGCAAAAGAUGGAAGGAGAGGAGCAGUCGAAACAAUGAGUUGUAAAAUACCGUGGAAGCGCGUUGCUGGCAUGUUCUGUUCAUGACAAAUCGUUGCUGAUUAGUUGAGUGUUCAAUAUUAUACGCCUGUUUUUGAUGGUCUCUUUCGGAGAGCGGCCAUGCAUAAAUUUGAAAACGUUAACGCAAUGCAUAUGUUUGCACAGCGUGGAACGCCUGCAGUUGGUGCCACGGUCACUACUUAUCAUUUUCAGAUUGCGUGAAGCGUGCCAAGAUGUUCUUUUCUUUUUUUCGGUAACUGGAGUAUCUAAACUGUUGCUUCUCUAGGUCGUAGGAACAGAUAGUCCCACCGUAUACGCGUAUAAGCGCCAGCAGUGCUCUGCGUUUACUAUGCAUAUAGAGUAUGUGGAAGCUGUAUUGGCACCCUAAAAAAUGUUUUUUUUUAAUUGGACGACGCUUAAGCUUCGCAAGAGUGGAACGCGAUAGCAUUUAAAUAUCCUUGACUGCUUCUCACGCUUUCCGGCAACUGCAGAUUAUGUAACUGUAAUGUUUACCGGGAAACGCUGGCGGCGAACGCUAUGCCCGAAAGCGAGCUUCGUGGUAGAAACUCAGCCUCAUGCGUGGGCCGAUCCCGGAGGUUGUGUACAGCCGCGCCAAGAAAUUGCAUCAUUUUCAGGUUUCUGUUAUUGUUUCGCAUUUUUAAUAUUUAGGUCUGAGAAGAUUUAACAUAAAAGCCAUGCGCUGUCGGUGUUUUGUUUCGUGACAUUUUUUUGUGGGCUGUGAUUCUCAAAAUUUCGAGAAAUAACUUUGUCAAGAAUGUAAGACAAGGUAUGAGCAACUUUAGUGAUAGAAUGGUGUGACAAUGUAACCCGCAUAUACAGCAUGUCAUAUAGCUAGGCGUGGUAUAUACAUAUACCUGAAUAUACACGGAAAUUUUCGCUCGCGGACAACUCCGCCGACACCGGAUCUUUUGCGCCACAUGCAGAGGCCUUAACGCUUUCGCGUUAAAACAUGCAACGGUAUACAGAACCGGUGGUUUGAAUGUGACGCUUUUAAAAUGGGGGUAACACUGUACCGCUUAUUCUCUUUCGAGAGACUGUCCGACACGUGUCCUUGAAGAAGCGUCGAAGAGAACAGUGAGAAAAGGUUGGGGAAUUCACGACCUUUUUAUUGUUUGUUUCUUCUUUGGCGAAGUAAAAAAAUGGUUGUCUGACGGCCCAUGGAAUCCAAAGGCUUCAAAAAAUACUUGACGUGUCGAGAAGCAGGCCGACAAGGCCCGCUCCAUCGGAAGCGCACGAGGACCAAUUGAAAACUUAGCUGCAUUUACUGCGUUCAUACACUCAAUGUUUCUUGGUGUUGCUUUCCUUGUUUACUUUUAUCGCUGUCUUCCUCACUCGUCCUGAUGGCAAAACAAGAGAAGGGAAGAAAACAAAUGUUAGCGAAGUAACGUCCUGUGAGAGAACCCGCCAUGUGACAUGUGAAUUGUCGCUGUUCUAAAAAAAAAAAAAAAAAAGCUGUGUCUGUCUUUCUUCUGCUCCAUCUACACUUGAAAACUAUGCUACCGAAAUUAAAAUGUAUGUUCAUUUGCUGCC